AAUUACCAAACCGAAGCAAAGACGAAAACGCAGAGACGACAGAGUUCAAAGGACUAGGAGGGAGGGAGAGAGAGACGAAUCGCCAUUUCCCAUUUCCUUUUUCCAGUUUUCACAGGUAGUGUAAUUGAAAAAUGAAUGAUCAUUUGAUUGUGUGCGUUGAUCGGCUGGAGAACCCAGAUGUGACCGUACAAGGGGACCAAGUGACUGUGGCUUCUGCGUCCAGUGAAAAGCCCACGGAUAUGGUGGGACAGUCUUCUUCUGCGGUGGUGGUGGUGGUGGCGGUGGUGGCGGAGGAGGAGGGAAAUGAGGGUUCGGAUGAGGAAACGCCGCUUAUAGGGGUGGCGGAGUGCCGCAUUUGUCAGGAGGAGGAUUCUGUCAAGAAUUUGGAAAGUCCCUGUUCUUGUAGAGGCAGUCUUAAGUAUGCUCACAGAAAGUGUGUUCAGCACUGGUGUAAUGAAAAAGGAGACAUAAUUUGUGAAAUAUGCCAUCAGCCUUACCAACCUGGUUUUACAGCACCUACUCAAUCUCACCCUGAAGAGACUAUGAUAGAUAUGGGGGGAGGAUGGCAAAUCUUGGGCACACCUUUGCAUUUGCAUGAACCUCGCCUUUUAGCAAUUGCUGAGGCCGACCAUCAGUUUUUGGAAGCUGAGUAUGAUGAUUACAAUGCUACAAAUGCCAGCAAACCAACAUUUUGUCGUUCAGCUGCACUGAUUUUAAUGGCUCUUCUAUUAUUACGGCAUUCAUUAGUUGUGACAGAAGCUGAUGAUGAAGACUCGGCUACCAUUUUUUCUCUUUUCUUGCUUCGAGUUGCUGGGUUUCUUUUGCCGUGCUGCAUCAUGGCCUGGGCUAUCAGUAUCUUGCAGCAUCGUAGGCAAAGACAGGAGGAAGCUGCAUUGGCAGCAACACAAUUUGCAUUUGUGCUACAAUCAGGCCAAACAAGGGGUGUACAGUUCACAAUAGGAUCGACAGUGCCCUCAGUGCCUCCACAGCAGGAACAUGUUUAA